GCUUUAUUUAUUUAAAGACUGAGCAGCAGCCGAAGCAGGAGGAGGAGAAGGAGAGGAGGAGGAGGAGGGGAGAGAAUCACGUUCCACCCAUCCUGCCUCGCUCCCGCCCUUCCUCAACAUCCCCAUUUGCACUGCAAAACUAUCCUCCUUUCCCAUUGCAUCCCAAGGAGGUAGCAACAGCCACAUCAUCACGGAAAGCCGGAUGGGAGAGCUGAUGAAAGGGAGAAGCCGAACGUUGCCCAGACGGUGGGAGCUGCAAGCACAAUAUUCGCUUUGUCGCCGUCCUUUUGGUCUGGCGCAUCGUCUUUCGGGCAAGGCUUUCUCGCUCGCGCCCGCUUUUUUUCUUCUUCUUUCCGCCCAAAGGCGAGGAUAAUAUAUAGGUGUUUUUCCCUUCUUUUAUUUUAAAGACUUGCAAUGGUUGAGUGUCAAUGCCAUUGAGCGAAAACAACAGGCAGAGGAAGAGGAGGAGAAGGAGGAGGAGGAGGAGGACCGGAGGAGAGGAAGGUGAAACUGGAGAUGGUUGUAGCGACGGAAAGGAAGGAGCCGUAUGCAUCAAAAGGAGAUUCCUGCAUCUGCUGAAAGCACCUUCUCCUCCGCGUCAGCCACAAUGGUCUGUACAGGCUGCUGUCAAUGCGUUUGAUGACGUCCCUAUUUUGUGAAAGAGGAAAGGGAACGUGACCAUGUAAGCUCCACGUUUCCUUAGUCAAUUUCAUGCAAAAGGAUAGACCAGAUUUCUACGGAUGUUCGCUUUUAAAGUACCAGGCGGGGGAAAACAAUUUGAGGAUAACUAAGAGCCACAUCCCUUCCCCAGUGCCCAUGUAUUUUCAUGCUUGCGUGUGAUCCAGGCAGUUCCUGGUAUGGGAGAGGUAAAAUAAAAAUCCAGUUAAUUUGGGAAUAAAAAUCAACCUCAUGUAAUACUCACUUAAUUUCUUUUUGGACUUUCGAUGUUUCUAUUAAGAAUAUUUUAAUAAAGCAACAUUUCAAUAACCUGUAAGGAUUUAAUACUGAGGGUGUGUUUUCCCCUCUCCCCAAGAAAUACGUUCAUCUUUUUUGUCAAUGAAAUCAAUUUUGAUAUUACUCUUAAUAAUGAUGAUUAUGAUAGCAACAAGAACUAAUUUUGCAUUUUAUUAAUUAUUGGCUCUGCUAUUAUUCUGUCAGAAGCACAUUUUUAAAACGUUCCAACUGAAUAAAAAUAGUAAUAAGGAGAAAUACUUGACAUGCCAAAUACUGUUGAAAUAACUAUCUAUAUUUCCUCCCCUCCACACCUACUGGUGACUUGAAUCCCUUCUUCCUCCUUUUUGGGAGUUACCAAUUGUUAUCAAUUCCUACUACAUUGUUUCUCCGAACUAUCCCAGCACGUUGGGUGUAGGAGGCUUGUUUCCUUUAAUAUUUUAUUUUAACUUCCCUCCCCUUUUAAAGAAUCAAUUGUGAUAUUAUUCGUUUAAAAAUAGAGGCGCGGGAAGCAGGAGGCUGGAGAUUCAGUAUUUUGUAGAAACCUCACGAUCGUUGUUUUUCAAACGGGGUUGCUGUGAAAUAUCCAUAAACAAACUUGGGUGGGAGCCAGCAAAGAGAAACAGGAAUUAACCAACCUAGCCCUCUUGUUCUCGCGCGCCCUCUGCCGGCUCCUUUUUCCCACCCGUCCCUGCCUGCAAGUGAAGGCACAUGUUAAUACCAACUAGUGCAAUCGUUUUAUGGUACUGUUGCUACGGACUGCUGAUCCCCAGACAGAUGUUGCGCCAUCAGGGUCUCCUCAAGUGCCGCUGCCGCAUGUUGUUCAAUGACCUGAAGGUCUUCCUCCUGCGGAGACCCCCUGCGCAACCUCCGCCCUCGCCACCGCCUCUCCCUCCCAUGAACAGUGGAGACCAAGCCUUGAGCUUGCAGGCUUCCAAUAACAACACCUUGACGGCGCUGCAUGGAGGGCGAAGGGGACCGUGGAGAGCGCCGACUGCCGGGGGUGGAGGAGGAGGAGUGGGGACAACAAGCCCUCCCGAAGACGAGUGGGGGAGCCCUGGGGGAGAGGGAGAGCAGCCCAUGUCUUUGAUGAGCAGCGCCUCCUCCGAUGACUUCUGCAAAGGGAAGGCGGAGGAUCGGUAUUCGCUGGGGAGCAGUUUGGACAGUGGGAUGAGGACCCCUCUCUGCAGGAUCUGCUUUCAAGGCCCAGAGCAGGGUGAGUUGCUGAGUCCAUGUCGGUGUGACGGGUCAGUGAAAUGUACGCACCAACCUUGUCUGAUCAAAUGGAUCGGUGAGAGAGGAUGCUGGAGCUGUGAACUGUGUUAUUACAAGUAUCACGUCAUUGCCAUAAGCACAAAGAACCCUCUGCAGGUAAAGUGGCAGGCCAUUUCUCUGACCGUCAUUGAAAAGGUUCAGAUAGCAGCAGCCAUUUUGGGUUCCCUCUUCCUUAUCGCCAGUAUCUCAUGGCUCAUCUGGUCCACCUUCAGUCCUUCCGCAAAGUGGCAGCGCCAAGACCUGCUCUUCCAGAUCUGCUAUGGAAUGUAUGGCUUCAUGGACAUUGUCUGUAUAGGACUAAUAAUCCAUGAAGGGCCCUCAGUUUACCGGAUUUUUAAACGGUGGCAAGCAGUUAAUCAACAGUGGAAAGUGCUGAACUAUGACAAAACAAAGGACCUGGAGGAUCAAAAAACAGGGACCAGGACCAACCAACGAACCUCCUCUCAGACCAACCAUUCAUCCUCCACAGGUGCUGCAGCUAGCAACUCCGCUCCAGCUGACAGUGUGGCCAGGGGAGCUAGCCACACCACGGGCACCUUGUCUGACCACCACUGUGCUUAUACCAUCUUGCAUAUACUCAGCCAUCUGAGGCCUCAUGAACAGAGAAGCCACUCUAGCACAAACAGAGAGCUCGUCAUGAGGGUGACAACUGUCUGAGCUAAGGAAUUCAGGAGGCCUUAAUGCAACAUGGAGCAGGAGAGGAACUCAAAAGCUGAGGGGAGUGGUGUGCCUUUUCUCCCCCCCUGGUCCUCUACAGCUGCACAAGGGGCACACGAGGCCCAAGGCCCUUGGCCAGCCAAGGCUGAUGGAGGCAGAGCUGCACACACAUGCCGAGAAGAAGUUAAAGGUUUCGCAGUCACUAAAAAGUACCACAAAACAAGUGCAAUACAGACUACCACAGUAAACUAGGGCAGAGGCUUGUGGGGAGGGAACAGAACAGCUGGUCUCAUUACAAGGGAAUGGGUAAGAUUUUAAACAACCAGACGCAAAUACACGCACAUUGAAUAGGCAGAAAGAAAACGGGAGUGUUUUUCAAACUGUAUUAAGCAGGGGUUCAAGUAUUCCGUUGCAUAAAUGAUUCUGUGGCCCUAUGCUGUUUUGUAUGUCCACAGGGUGUUCAAGCUGAAAUGGCAGUCAGUUUGUUGCGAUUGUCAUUUUAUUUUAUACCAGUAAAAGACUUUGCCCACA